CUCGCAUUCUCUCUCUUUCUUUCUCUCUUCUCCCUCCCUCCCUCCACUGCAAAUUUAAUGGAAGCACAUUUAUAAUCUCUCUAGAAACCCUAGGAUCUGAGUCUUCAGUUUUGUUGCUUCUCCCUCUAGAAACAAUAGGAACCCCUGGGGAUCGCGGGUGGAGUUUCAGAAAUGGAGGAUCUUUGGAAGAGCAGAGCUCGGUCUCUGCAGCUUCGGCUCCGAGACCGCUUCCGAAUCGCCGUCGAUCGUCAUCGCCGCCUGCCGAUGUUCUCCACUGACGGAUAUUUCUCUUCGACGCUGCAGAGAUGGCUUCGCCGAGUUCGUGAUUUUCGCAGAGACUCGUUGCCGUCUUCUUCAGCUUUCUAUCGCAAACGAGUUGGCAAGGACAUUGGUGCAGAAGAAGAUUCAGUGUUUGUGCGCAUGCUUCAAGCACUUGCAGUUCCUGUUAUUGGAAAUGUUUGUUAUGUAUUUAUGCAUGGCCUUAAUCGUGUCCAAGUAUAUGGUGCAGAAAAGUUGCAUGAAGUAUUGCUGCAUAGACCAGAGAAUAAGCCUCUAAUAACGGUAAGCAAUCAUGUUGCUUCUAUGGAUGAUCCACUUGUUAUUGCUUCAUUACUUCCACCAAGUGUUCUAUUGGAUGCUCGAAGCUUGAGAUGGACAAUGUGUGCAACUGAUCGAUGUUUUAAGAAUCCAGUGACUUCUGCCUUCUUUCAAUGUGUCAAAGUUUUGCCAGUUUCUCGUGGCGAAGGGAUCUACCAGAAGGGCAUGGACAUGGCUGUUUCAAAAUUGAACAGUGGAGGUUGGGUUCACAUCUUUCCAGAAGGUAGUCGUUCCCGGGAUGGUGGGAAAACUAUGGGGUCUGCCAAGAGAGGUGUAGGGAGGUUGGUCUUGGAUGCAGACAAUACCCCAAUUGUUGUCCCAUUUGUGCAUACGGGGAUGCAAGAGGUCAUGCCUAUAGGAGCAAACUUCCCUAGGAUUGGUCAGGCGGUGACAGUUCUUAUUGGUGAUCCCAUUCAUUUUGAUGAUUUACUGAAUGAGGAACAAACCCAACAUAUGUCAAGAGGAAAACUAUAUGAUGCAGUGUCUUCAAGGGUCAGCCAUCGACUGCAGGAAUUAAAAGUGCAAGUCGAUAAACUAACCCUUGAACAUUCAAUUCAACUGCAAAAUCAUGACAUGCAAACGACAGAGCGGGCUGCUGGGAUUUUGCACCAAGUUGAUUGGGAAUCAUUUGGCAUGGGAAGCUAUAUCACUUCUGAGGAUGAUGAUUCAUCAUCGAGACUAGAAAUCCAGUCCCCAAUGAAGCUAAAUGUCACAAACACCCAAGAGCAUGCUCCAUCUGAGAGGUAUUUUGGAAUGGGUUUCUCCUAUGAAGGCGGGAUUGUGUCAAGGAUUCGCGGCUUCAUGGACCCGACAGAGCUAAUGGGUUUCGCCGCCAGGGGCUUAUUUUUGAACCGGAGGGCAGAGGAAAAACUUGCAAGCAUUCAAGAGAUUAGGCCCUUGAAGGCGUGGAAACAAUUCUUGGAAGCCAAUAUACUACAACAGUGGAAUGCCUGCUAAUUGGGAUAUAACUGGAGGUACAUGUACUUCCUAAUUUAGAAUUUGCUUCAGUCAGCACCAGAUUUUUAGUCGCAUAAAAAUAGAGAAAAUGCAUGGACAGUUUUCGUGUGAGUUCGACAUUGGUGGGGCUUAUGGUAUUGAGGCCCACAGCUCCAGCGGCUUCCAUAGAAAUUUGUUUUUGCCCCCAUUCUCAUCUGUUGCUAUGUUUCUGGACACGGUGAUUGGACUAAAAAAUUUCAUUUUGAGCCGCAAAAAAGCUUUUAUAGGUUGUUGAAUA